AUGGCAUUCAGUUUCGGUGGGUCCUCAACACCGGCUCCUGCACCAAGUGGUGGUGGCUUUUCAUUUGGCGGUGGCUCUACUCCGGCACCUGGAACUCCAGGACCAGCCCCUGGUGGCUUUUCUUUUGGUGGUGGUGGUACACCUGCACCUGGUUUGUUUGGAAGUAACCCAGCACCAGCUCCGGGGGGCUUUGGAACACCAGCACCAGGAGGAGGUGGAAGUUUAUUUGGAAACAACCCAGCACCGGCACCUGGUAAUUCUCUGUUUGGAAACAACCCAGCAUCUGCGCCCGGUAAUUCACUAUUUGGAAACAACCCUGCACCUGCGUCCGGUAAUUCACUAUUUGGAAACAACCCUGCACCUGCGCCCGGUAAUUCACUAUUUGGAAACAACCCUGCACCUGCGCCCGGUAAUUCACUAUUUGGAAACAACCCAGCACCGGCACCUGGUAAUUCUCUGUUUGGAAACAACCCUGCACCUGCGCCCGGUAAUUCACUAUUUGGAAACAACCCAGCACCGGCACCUGGUAAUUCUCUGUUUGGAAACAACCCUGCACCUGCGCCCGGUGGAUUUGGACAACCAGGAGGAUAUGGGGCACCUGCCGCACCUCAGGCUGCCUUGGCAGGGCACCUUCCCUAUGCCAACCUGAAUCCCGAUCAGAAAAGGGCAAUUGAUACACUAUAUCAAGCUAUGAUGCAACACAAACGCACCAUUCUGCAAGUGUCUACCAUGGCACCCAAACUAUUGCGACCAAAUACCUCACAAUCUUCAACGUCACAAGCUGAUGCUGCAGCUGGACAGGAUUCCUUGCCUCUAGCGUCAAAUGUCCGCAAAUUGCGAGGCCAAGUGCAAAAUUUGCAACAUCAGUUGGUUCAUAUACGGCAACGAGUGGAACACACACAAACACUCUUCCAAAGUGCCACUACACAAAGCAUAAUGUUUGCCAAAUGGCCCACCGAAGCAGUCGCCAUGCGACGAGGGGUCACCUUGUCCAAACCCAAAUCCGCAUCGAGCUCGCAAGAUGCCGAAUUGCAAGGCAAACUCAAAGAUCUGUUGGAUCGGGAGGCCGCCCACGUGGAUCGAGUCGAACGCAUGCCAUCACCGUACUUGUGGCAAACAUUGGAUCAACUAGAAAAACGAAUUGCUCUAUUGCAGCAAGAAAUGACUACCACUCACAAGGCACUUCAAGAAGCGACUACUACACAAAAUCAAGACGUUGAUGUUGUGGCUAUUAUCAAAUUGCAAGAGCAGUCGAUUUGGAAAUUGGCUGCUGCCUUGGCACCAAUCCACCAAAAGGUGGAUCAAUUGCGAUUUUCCUAUCAGAGACAAGAAACCAAGGAGAAUGUUUUGGUGGAAGCGGACCAAAAGGAAAAGCAACGGCAACAAGAACUGGACCAUGAAAUGCGACGGCAAAUGGUCAAAGCAUUGCCGCAAAAGGCAGCUCCUGGUCCAGGUCCAGCAUCGGGAGGUAUGUUUGGUAGUACGCCAUCAUCAGGCACUGGGAUGUUUGGGGCUCCUGCACCUUCUUCCGGGGGAUUAUUUGGUGCUCCUGCACCUUCUAGUGGUUUGUUUGGCAGUACACCAGCACCUUCUGGUGGUUUGUUUGGUGCUCCCGCACCAACACCUGGAGGAGGUUUGUUUGGAAGCAACCCAGCACCUGCUCCAGGGGGCUUUGGAGCCCCCGCUCCAUCAACAGGAGGUCUCUUUGGCAGUACUCCCGCUCCAACGCCCGGAGGAGGCUUGUUUGGAAGUAACCCAGCACCUGCUCCUGGGGGCUUUGGAGCACCAGCUCCAGCACCAGGAGGAGGAGGUCUCUUUGGAAGCACACCCGCCCCUGCUCCUGGGGGCUUCGGAACACCAGCUCCUGGGGGCUUUGGUGCAGCCCCAGCACCAACAUUUGGAGGAGCAUUUGGUGCUCCAGCACCUGCAGCAGGAGCACCACCAGCAUUUGGUGGGUUUUCAUCCACUCCGUCUGCCAGUACUUCAACACCUAGAUCGAGAAACAAAAAGAGUGGAGGACGGAGACGAUAG